AUGAUUUGCCUAACCCCUCAAUUAGCCGAAAUUUUUUACCAGGAACACAAUACUAAACCAUUUUUCAAAGGAAUGACCGAGUUCAUGUGUAGUUCGCCUGUCGUAGUAAUUUGUUUGGAGGGAGAAAAUGCCAUCAAACUUAAUCGCGAAAUUAUGGGAGCCACUGACCCCCAAGUAGCUAAAGUAGGAACUAUUCGAAGAACUUAUGGGGAAAGUAUCGAUAAUGCUAAUGCGGUGCAUG